AUGCCUGGUCGUGAGAAGGGGCGCCGCCUCGCCCGCAGUACAAAUCCACUCGGCGAAGAUCUGCACGCCGACCGCUUCGCCAGCGCCAAGCGACUGGCAGCCGAAGACGACACGGCGGGGGACGGCGAGAGUGGCGUUCUGCUCUCGGGCCGCACCGCAAGCCGCAUUCUUAAAACUGCACGCCAGCAACUGGAGGUAAUCGCCGAUGAGGAACAAUACAAUAACGAGGAGGAUGGUGAUGACAACAGCAGUGAUUCUGGGGUGGCAGAGCUUGAGUGCGAGGAAGGAAACAGCGAUAUGUACGGGAAUAAUAAUUUUAAUGAUAAUAAUAAUAAUAAUGCUUCUGCUGCUGAUAUCGAUGAUGAUGGCUCAGAAAUUAUUCUUGAGUAUGACGACACAGAGUCAGCAAUGUCUGAGAUUCCAUCAGAGAUGGAUAUGGGAAUGGAUAUGUACGGCAUUGAUGAUGAGGAAGCUCGUCUAUUACAGAAGUUCCAGCCACCAUCACGUGUGCAGAGUCGCAACUUGGCUGAUAUGAUUAUGGAGAAAAUUAGGGAACGCGAAGAGGCGCGUAAAACAGGAGAUGAACAGCAGGAUCAACAUAUGGAAGGAGCCAGUGUAAGUGAGUGGGAAGAGGAGAAAAUAGACCCUCGUGUAUCACGUGUAUACACCGCUAUUGGCAGUAUCCUCAAGAACUAUAAAUCUGGUAAAAUACCAAAGGCCUUCAAAGUUUUACCAAAUAUUAAAAAUUGGGAACAAUUAUUAAUGUUAACAAAACCACAUGAGUGGUCGCCUCACGCAACAUACCAAGCCACCCGUAUUUUUGCUGCAAACUUAAAUGAACGUAUGGCUCAGCGUUUCUACGCUGCAGUAUUAUUACCCAUGACCCAUCAGCACAUGGCAAACGAAAAGAAACUUCAUCCGGCACUUUAUAUGGCGAUUCGAAAGGCACUCUUUAAACCAGUUGCCUUCUUUAAAGGUUUCAUUCUUCCUCUGGCGUCAGAUGAUGAAUGUACACUGAAAGAGGCACUUGUUGUGGCCAGUGUGUUACAACGGAUGCACCUUCCACCGGUGCCAACUGCAGUAACGAUUGUGAAACUUGCACAACAACCCUUUUCUGGUCCCCGUUCAGUCUUACUUCGUGUGCUCAUUGAUAAAAAGAUGGCAAUGCCCUACCAAGCUGUGGAUGCACUCGUCGCAUACUUUCAUCGCUUUGUACGUUCACACAGUAAGGAAGAUAAACUUCCGGUAUUAUGGCACCAAACUCUAUUGUCUUUCUCUCAACGCUACAAGGGUGAUUUCACGGCAGAACAGGUGAGUUUGUUGCAACAGGUUUGCAGUAGACACUUCCAUUAUCUUAUUACCCCUGAGAUACGCCGGGAGUUAAAUGUUGCUGCAAACACAAUCGCUGCAAGAGGUGGUUGA